AUGGUCGGUCCACCCGUCAGCAACCGCGAUCGCCUUCGUCACCAGCACGUCCCGCUGAUCUCGCCUCCGGACGAGGACAUAGUCCAGCAGGUGCCACUGAUGCGACCGAGGAUGCUUUCAGGUGGCCUUCUCUCGCUCCGGCAGACAGAAGAACGUGUUCGUCAGGAUGAGGCGGUGUUCUGCGCAGGUGCUGAGGAGAAGCAGGCCGUUGUCGUUGGAGCCGCGGAGACCGUGGGGACCCAGCACUCCCCUCCAGGCAGUAUGGUCUGUGCCGACGCGGGCGUUGAAGUCACCAAGGACAAUCAACUUGUCCGCCUUCGACACAGUCGCCAAGAGGGCAUGCAGGUCCUCGUAGAAUUUGUCUUUGACGGCGUCGGGGCUGGUAAUCGGCGGAGCGUAGGCGCUGAUGAUGGUGGCGAACUUGCCUCCUCGCCGGAGAGGCAGACGGAGGCUCAUUAG